GGCGGACGACGGCGUCGCCAGAUAGCUAUCAGGCGAGGAUGCAGAGGCUGCGUUCAACUUUUAAGAGGUCGCGCACCCCCACGGGAGCAGAAAUGAAAUCCCAAUCUAGCCUCGAGGUCCCCAAGCAGAUCAGGUCGGCCUCAUUCGAUGAGAUGCAGCUGCAGGCAAAGCGGCAGGACACCUCCUCGUCGUCCUCCACGUGUUCCCCCGUGAGAUCGCAGGACUCGAUACGUGGCAGACGAUCGUCCACCCUGAAAGUGCCGCAGACGCAGGCCGGCCAGCGGUCCAAGAGCUUCGACGCGUACUCCGCGAGCUCCGCGUCAUCCUCGAGUCAGCUGUUACCCACCGGAUUCGAGCGACCGGAAACGCCGAUCAUCCAGGUCUCCGGGUGUUAUCACUGUGCCUGCGUUGAGGAGUACAAGAGCCUCUGGCUGGCCGAGGAUAUUUCCAAGGAGGAAACUGACAUCGGUGAACUCUACUACGAGGCUGACAGCGGCACCGAUCUGUCAGAGAACGAGUCGGACGAUCGCGAGGACGAGUCUAGGAGGGAAGGCAGCCCGGAGAUCAGGGUCACUCUGACAGGAUCUGACGACACCCAGAACGAGCCGCGAUGCGUCUCUCCCAUAGCGGAGGUCGCGUCCGAACCGAAUUCCGAGAUGCCGCCGGAAUUCCCAGACAGGCAACGCAGGCUGUCCAGACAGGAAGCUCUGACUUCCUUCCCUCUGGAACUGCCCACCCCGACGCCCGUGAGGGACAUGGAGCCAGCAAUCAAGACAACCGCCGAGGUGGACGACGACGACGACGACGAGGAGAACGAUGUCGAGCAGUGCAAAUGCAAGUUCAUCGUGCGGGACAUUUUCCUGGCCGUGCCAGACCUGAAGAGGGACCGCGCUGCUUCCGUGGACUCUUGUUUCAAUAAUAAUAAAAACGGAGGCGUCACCGAUGCGGACUCAUUGGCAGUACCGCAGCAGAGCAUCAGAUCGAAAAGUGUCGAUAUCGUGCUGCCAACGGACGCGCGAACGAGAUACACGGCGUUGGUACCCGGAAAAGAAUCGCGAAUAGGAGGGAGAGAGGAUAGUGGAGAAGACAAUAGAGAAGGGGGUGGCUCGAGCGGUCAACGCGAACCCCGAGCAACACCAGAUUGGGGACCAAAUGCGUUCAAUGGGGAACAUCUUUGGGUACCAACCGCUACAUCCGGUGACUUCUGCUAUGUCAACGACUGUUCCAAACACGGACCCCGGUUGAAGUGUCCGGCUUGUCGUGUGGUGGCCCAUGCCUGCUGCGUCGGAGGUUUAGAAUUCGGCUGCAAACCGAGCUUUCGCGAUGUAGGCGUGCGCCAGUAUCGCGAGCAAACGACAACUCACCAUCACUGGGUACACCGACGGUCACAAAAAGGCAAAUGCGCCAACUGCAGCAAGUCCUUCCAAUCGAAGCUCAGCUUUAGCUCUAGAGAGAUCGUGGCAGUGAGCUGUAGCUGGUGCAAAGCCGCUUUUCAUAAUAAAGAGACAUGCUUCAACGUCCAGAAGAUAGGCGAGAACUGCGAAUUAGGUAGCCACGCGUCAAUUGUUGUACCACCAUCGUGGAUCGUGAAACUUCCUCGGAAGGGCAGUUUCAAGAGCAGCCUGAGAAGAUCACCCAGAAAGAAGAAAUCCGGCAGCGGCAGUGGAGCUUCCAGCCGUCGAAAAAGCAGGGAGAAAGAGAAGGAAAAAGAAGAAAAGGAGAAAAAGUCAGAUCAGGGAGAACUGUGGAUUGUUAAGCCCAUACCCACGCCCACAGUUAAGCCAGUUUUAGUCUUUAUAAAUCCGAAGUCCGGCGGUAAUCAGGGCGCGAAGUUACUGCAGAAGUUCCAGUGGUUGCUCAAUCCAAGGCAAGUCUUCGAUCUGACGCAGGGCGGUCCGAGGAUGGGAUUGGAGCUUUUCAAGAAAGUUCCAAACUUGCGCGUGCUGGCUUGCGGUGGCGACGGUACGGUCGGUUGGGUCCUGUCGAUCCUGGAUCAGAUCGGUGCCUAUCCAGCGCCGGCGGUUGGGGUUCUUCCUCUGGGCACCGGAAAUGAUCUAGCGCGAGCGCUAGGAUGGGGCGGUGGUUACAAGGAUGAGCCGAUCGGGAAGAUCUUGACGAGCAUAGGUGACAGCGAGACCACCCUGCUGGACAGAUGGCAGCUGAAAGUUGAGAGAAAUCCUGAUGCCAAAAACGACGACGAUGGCGGCAAGGGCAAAGAGAACCUACCGCUCAACGUUGUUAACAAUUACUUCUCCCUCGGCGUAGACGCUCACAUCGCCCUCGAAUUUCAUGAAGCUCGAGAGGCUCAUCCGGAAAAGUUCAACUCCAGAAUGAGGAACAAAUUGUUCUACGGACAGAUGGGUUGCAAGGACUUGCUGCUCACUAAGUGGAAGGACCUCUCGGACUUCGUGACGCUGGAGUGCGACGGUCAGGACAUGACGUCAAAGUUGAAGGAGCACCGUGUCCACGCCAUUCUGUUUCUAAAUAUCGCUUCUUACGGUGGCGGAACGCAUCCGUGGAGCGCGGGAAGUGGUACCAGAGAACCCGCUAUGGACGACGGUCUGAUCGAGGUGGUCGGUUUGACCACGUAUCAACUGCCUCUAUUACAAGCUCGUGGACAUGGCACCUGCAUAGUGCAAUGCAGCACAGCCAAGCUGGUUACGACGAAGACUAUACCGAUGCAGGUUGACGGCGAGGCCUGUCGUCUGCUACCAUCUAUCAUAACUUUAAGUAUGUUAAACAAGGCAACAAUGUUAGCGAAAAGAAGAAAUACGGGAAAACCACAUCAGAAUACAGCAAGACUAGAGAGAUUAAAGCUGUCGGUGAUGAGGAUAAAAAUGUCGGAUUAUGAGACGUAUUAUCACGACAAGGAAAGAUUGAAGGAAGUAGCCGAAUUAUGGGCGUCGGAACUUGAUCUCGAUGCUACAACCGAUUUAGAGAGCUUGAGAAAACUCUUAGCGAAGGAUUAUAAUGUAGACUCUUGCUGUUUUCUCGAUUCUUGCACCGCGGAAAGAUUCUUCAGGAUCGAUCGUGAUCAGGAGCAGUUGCAUUACGUAACAGAUGUUGCCGUGGAGAUCAUAUACGUUCUCGACGAAGAUGCCAUUCAGCAACAAUCUGGGGGCCAAACUGGAGCAAGUCAAAUCAUCGCUAAUCAAGAGAACGAAACCGCGCAAAUCAGUUUGCCAAGCGACGAACGUCCAAAGGAGAUGCCAGCCGUGACAGAGGAGGAGGAUCGGACACUCUCGAACGGCUCUAGAGAUGUGCAGAAGCAGAAACGGCCUUCCUCCGUCGCGGAGAGGCGCCGGCUCUCCAGGCAAUUCGAGAAUCGCCUCCUCGACAGAGAACACGAUAAUGAAAACGCUGUCAAACCAAAGGAUCCGGCGAGUCGGAAUUCCUUAGACACGUCGCCUACUGAGAACAAAGGCGUCAACUCGAAUUCCCUCAUAAAUCGCGAGUCCUUGAAAAGGGGUUCUCAUAUUGCGAUCGCUCGCACUGAACAGUCGCAGCAUCAGGCUGAUCGACCACCUUUCACUUUCAUCAGCCCCCGCGAUAGGCUGUUCGGUAUGAGCCCGGGAGUCCACGGAUUUAGCACCGAUUUGCUCGAAAAGAAUUGCGAUGACAUCCUGAGGGCGGCGAAGAUCGGCGAUCUCCCAGCAUUGAAGCAAUUUCAUGAAAAGGGCUACUCGCUUCUGUCGAUCGACGAGACGGGUCAAACGGCGCUUCACCUGGCAUCGAAGCACGGUCACAAAGAUAUUGUCAGAUACCUCAUUGCCUGCGCUCCGCCGACGAUUUUGAACAUGAUCGACAACGACAAAAGACAAACCGCUUUACACAAAGCGGCCCAGACCAAACGACGUUCAAUUUGCUGCAUGCUGGUUGCUGGCGGCGCGUCUUUGAUGGUCAAAGAUCGGCACGGUAACACGCCGCAUCAACUUGCGCUACUCGCGGAGGAUCACGAUCUUGCAGCGUAUCUACAAAGUCAAGAACACUUUCAAUUGGCGACGGACGAAAUGGAGAGCGAUCUCUGACCUCCAGCAUUGAUCGCCACGGCCUGAACCGCUCGGGACAACCGCGACAAGAAAGCAACGACGGUUAAUCUAUUAUUGGCUACUUGAUGAUGUCUCUGCGGCAUAUUUUCGGCGACGCAGUGUGUGGAUCGCCCGUGAUAGUCCAAUACUUUUAUUAAUUCGACGUAUACGCGCCGACGAUUACGUGUUUGCCAAAUGCUGUCGUAUUUUUCUUCUCGAUACUCCGAAAUUACUCCUUAAGAACGUAUACAAGUUCAAUUGUCACACACUUACAUACACACAUACACACACACAUACAUAAUAACACAAUACACACAACAAGAAUUACAUAUGAUAGUCGUUUUUAAUCGAUAAUAAGUCCUUAUUUUUCUCACUCGUAAACUUGCCUGCAGUUCUACUUGCAAUUCUUGUAUCCGGCAAGUGGUUCAUGUCACGGAGCUUCUUGAUUGCUCUUCUGAGACGAGCAAAAUUUAUUUUUCUCAUACGAGUUUAAUGUCUCCCUGAUCCAAAAUGAGGCAGUCUUUUUUUCAUGUCUCUAUAUUUAUUUGCGGGGGAUAAUAUGCAUUCUCAGGUGUUUCUUAUCUCCCGUGAACGAUAACACAAAGAGAACGGGUUGGCAUUCGUAUUUGUGCAAUUGAAGAAACGGAGGAGCGCAUGUAUAGAGAUCAAUUGUAAAAUAUGUAAAUCUGUGCCAACCGAGACUUGUUAGUAAUGUCUAACGAGACGAAGUAACGUUCAUAAUGAUGCCAAAAAAUGAAAAAUUUACUGUCUCAUGUUGGAGACAUACGCGAAACUAUACACGGAAGUUCAUAGUCUUCACUCAAAAUGGGUGCUUUACAAGCGGAUCGAUAAUCUGUUAGUUCAUAAUCCAGGGAAUUAAAUAAAGGGUAAUCUCUUAGCAAACAAGAGAACGAAGGAACAUUCUAUAAACGAUACCAAAAUGUAAAAAGGGAUCAACGUACAAACACCAAUUAGUAAUUAGACGCAGUCUAUCGCUAUAUAAUAUAUAUACAUAUAUAUUAUUGUACUAUUACUAUACUAUUGCAAUUAUUUUUCUGUCGAAUUACAUUGUAUGUACAGGAUAUCCCACACAAACCGCGUCACAUUUUGAUACGGACGAAACUAGUGUAACUGGAACAGAUAAGUGGUUGGUUCAGUGUCGAGAUUAACGCAUAAACAGUUAUAAAUUAGAAAAUUUUUAUGAUAUCUAUUGAGAACAUUAAUUUUAAUGCAACACACUAAAACUAAGCUACUACAUUAAUUAAACAAGGAUUUUAUCGAUCUUCCCGAAAGUAAAGUUUAUUUUAACCGAUUUUAUAUAUUCAAAGUUUAAUAGAUUUUUCUAAAAUGUAUAAAACUUUUUAUUUUUAAAAACAAUUAUAAAUAAAUACAAAGACCAAGCAAUAAUAGAAAAAUAUUGUUUAUUGACACUGUAAACACUGAGCUUUAAUAUAUUUAUUAUCAAAGAAUCGACGUAAAGUUUAUCGAAAACUCCGUAGCAGUGAAAUAAGACAUGGCAGUAGCGGGACAUCCUGUACAUGUAUAUAAAAUCUAUGUACAUAUAUGUAGAAAUUUUAAAGCGCUUAUUGCCUUGAUUUGCGCAUAUUCUAAAAAAAAGAUACGAUUCAUUAGUCGAUACGAUCGUGCGCGCAACGAUUCCUUUCUUUUUUGAUCGAACUAUUUUACUCAUCGAUAUUUCUAUGAUUCAGUGGGAAAUUCCAGUUCAUAUUAUAUUACAUUUUGUGUGUGAGCAUGCGUCAAGAUUUGAUAUGGCGCGAUAGAUAUAUAUGAAUUGCUAUAUUCUCCGUCUCUGUUUUCUCUGUUAUUAAAUAUUUAUACUAGCGCUCAAUAGUUUGAAUACUAUUUUUGUUAAAUACAAUCUAAUAUAACUAUCUGUUCGUUGUAAAAUACAAUUGAUAAAAAAAAUAACAUAAUCGAAUAAUAAUAUUCCAAAAAUUGAACUAUAUGCUAUAAUUUCAAACUAUUAAUGCGCGGAAAGUGUUUGUCGCAAAUAUGCGGAUUCAAUCCAACUUUAUUUAAUACGAGAAGUGUUUGCUAAAAAUAUUCCAAUCCAAUCUCAAAUCAAUCCUCGGAAGAAAUACAUAUACUCCUGGUAAACAGACUUUUGUCACAUUACUGAAUUAUCACAUUACUCUUUUAUCGGAAUUAAGCGAUGUAUAAUAUUUCUCAGUGAUACAUAUAUAUAUACACAAUGUACUUGUAUCAAAACUAUUGAGUGUUAGUGUUCCAGCAUCGCGUGAUCUCUUGCACACGAGCGAUUCUCUCGUAAAACGGCUAGUUUUAUUGCGGUGGCGAAAAACCGAAAAAAUUCAAUUUUAUGUAGAUGUAUGUAUAGAUAUAAAAAAAAUAAUUUCCUCUUUAAUUACAUUUAAGGAGAAAAUUAUUUUAACAGCAGAUUCACUUCAAGCCUUAUUGUAUGCCGAAGUGUUUAUAAAACAAAUUAUAAAUGUUAAUCUUUUGAUCGAAUAUUUCGUUAACAAAGAUGAGCUUAUUCGAGGAGGAGAGAGAAAGAAAGAGAGGGAGAGAGAGAGAGGGAGAGAGAGAGAGAGAGAGAGAGAGAACGCGCGACGAUUGGAACACCCUGCGUUACAUCCUUACUCUUUUGGAGUAUUUAAAAAGAAAUGCCUUUUACGAUCCGUACCUGUUGUACCAUUAUCGACGAUAAUUGUCGGAUAAAAGGAGAUAAUGAAUUUAGAACGAAUGAAACUACAAUCAUCGUAGGAUCAUCGUAGGGCGUAUAAGAAUACUUCGUGCGCAUGUUAUCGGGUAUAUAUGCGUGUAUCAUACGUCGAGAUAAAGUUUGUGAGAAUAGCGUUUAGACCGUUUUGCGCCCGAUAACACAACGGCGUUUGAGGCCUGGUACAAUCCCAUAGAGCUCGAUUUCCGAUGCGGGGCCUACAGAGAAACGUACAUUUUAUGUGGUAUUAGGUGUAUGCAAAAAUUUUUGUCUUUUUUUCCAGCGCUUUUGAUACACCUAAAAAGCGAAAACGUACAAAAAACGACUAAAUCUUUUGCAUACAGCUAAUACAAGAAAGAUCGCAUAAUAUACUUUUUAAGAGAUCGAAAUGUCACGCUCAUCGGGAUUGUACCGGUCUCUCGAUCCGCGGAUAGCAUUAGGACCGAGAUAAGAAAGAAAACAGGGAGAUUAAUAGGAUUUCCCGGAUGUAUAGCGACGCCUUCUGCGGUGGCGAAGGCGCUGGCUCAGCCCGCAAAUCUCGAUUUAAGUUUUAGAGCAAUAAAUUAACGACAAUCAUGACAUUUCGGCGUGAGCCAGCGCCCGCGUCGCGACUGUUACUUCUCUCCCGUCCGUUUCUUCCGUAUUCCAUUUUACCCCUUAUACGAAAUUAUCGCGCGUUUGUUGUCGCAUAAACGAUACGACGCGUGUACACGAGUACUUUACGCUAUUUCCGGAAUUUAUGUGCGAACUCCAUGAAGAGUGCACGCGUGCUUACACGUGGCCUGUGUGCACAGAAGCGGCUUCGAAGCUUAAAUUUAGAGAAAAUUGCUUGUGUAAGGUGAUCGUCGAGUGAUCAAACACGUUUGCUUUUGUGUUAUUUUAGAGAGAGAUUGAACUUUAAAAUAUAUUUUAAAAUACUUAUAUAUAUAGUACAUUUGAGACGUUAUGUUAGUCCAAAUGUUCCUCUGAUUUUCUGUUCUAAAUAAUUUAUUAUUGUGUUUGAUUGCCUGGUGUUCACUUUGCACAAUUCGUUCUCUCCGAGCGUUUUAUUAUACUUUUAAGUUUUUAAUGUUUUGGUCGUGUGCACGUUCAAGUUUACGAUAAUCCUUCCUGCCACGAUCAAGCUGAACACAGCGAGAAGUGUUCGUGUACACGAGUCUAAAUUUUUAACAUUCUAUCCUCUCUGUACUUCCCGUAAGAUUUACGAGUCGGAUAGGCAAUUUCUAAUCGAUAUUGUAACGGAGUUAUUCUUGUCUUGUUAUUCCGUGUUUGUCAUUUCAAAGCUCGUUGUAUUUGAUUGUUGCUGGACGACAGGAUAUAUUCAAUGAGACUUACUUUUGUCCCAAGAUUAAGAAAUGUUUUAAGUAAUUUUGUCUUUAAAUAUAAAAAUACAAUUGAAAAUGUUCAUAAAAUUUCUGAAAGAUGGAUUUUAAUGUGAUCUAAUGUAAUAUGCAUAUAUAUAUUUGUUUUUUCAAAAUGUAAAACAUUCUCCUUUGAUAUUUAAUCGAUUUGCAUAAGCUAGAUUUGUAUGCGGAUAAAUUUUUUGAUACUUCUAACAUUAUUUUUUCCAAUAUCGUUAAUUUCUUUAAUUUCGGAAGUAGUAAUCAAUAAUUUUCUUUUGAAUUUUAUUAUGUUCUCGCUCUUUCUCUCUUCAUUUCACAUUAGUUUUACUUACGAUAUCUCGAAAUUUCAAUGUGUAAGAACAUUUUAACGUCGUUCAGUAUUAUGAAAAAGUUAUGAGAUAUUCAAUACACAUUCGGAUUAUAAAUAUUCCAUAAAUUUCUUAGGCUUAUAUAGAAAUUACUAGUUCAUCGAAAACGAUUAUGUCCAUAUUCGCUUAUUCGUUCUUCUAUUAUAUGAGUGUCGAGUACUUCCAGAAAAGAAAUAUACAGGUUUAGUUGUUAAUAAUUUCUCAACCCAAAGUAAAAUACAAUGAUACGUAGAUUUUAUUUUCUACAAGCUACAAACAAAUACAGCUACGUGUAAACGUCGAUACAUUCGUCAGUAUGCGAUCCGCGCGUACCGCGCGAUGCGGUAACCAUCGUGAACAGCGUGAAUCUUUAAGUAGUGAGAUAGGCUUGGGCGGACCAACCAAUGACCAUUUUAUUUUAUUAAUAACUGAUAUCGCUGUAUUAUCUGUAAUUUUAAAUCUAUUAAACAGAACAAACUAUGAA